CCCUAAACCUCACUGGUUGACUGCUUCAUGUGAUGGGAAUGUGGGUGGAACCUCAUGCUCUUUAAAGAAAGCGGUUGCUUCAAGGAUCAGUGUCUGGAGUUUGGAGACAGCAGUUGGAGCAGAAUUCCCUUUGAACGUCACCUCCUUGCAGAUUUUAAACCAUGGCUGAUGAUGAUGUUGCAGCUCUGGUGGUCGACAAUGGAUCUGGGAUGUGUAAGGCUGGCUUUGCAGGCGAUGAUGCUCCCAGGGCUGUGUUUCCCUCCAUCGUGGGACGGCCCCGUCACCAGGGAGUGAUGGUUGGAAUGGGUCAGAAAGAUAGUUAUGUUGGUGAUGAAGCCCAGAGCAAGAGAGGCAUUCUGACCCUGAAGUACCCAAUUGAGCAUGGGAUUGUGACCAACUGGGAUGACAUGGAGAAGAUCUGGCACCACACCUUCUACAAUGAACUGAGAGUGGCCCCAGAGGAGCAUCCUGUUCUCCUCACAGAGGCACCUCUCAACCCCAAAGCCAACCGGGAGAAGAUGACCCAGAUCAUGUUUGAGACAUUCAACACACCGGCCAUGUAUGUUGCCAUUCAAGCUGUGCUGUCCUUGUACGCCUCUGGCCGUACAACUGGCAUUGUACUAGAUUCUGGUGAUGGUGUAUCCCACACUGUGCCAAUCUAUGAAGGGUAUGCCUUGCCCCAUGCCAUCCUGAGAUUGGACCUGGCUGGCCGAGACCUCACUGACUACAUGAUGAAGAUCCUGACUGAACGUGGGUACUCCUUCACAACCACGGCCGAGAGGGAGAUCGUGCGUGACGUCAAGGAGAAACUUGCCUAUGUGGCCCUAGAUUUUGAAUCUGAGAUGCAGGCGGCUAGCUCGUCUUCAGCCUUGGAGAAAAGUUAUGAGCUCCCUGAUGGCCAAGUCAUCACCAUUGGUAAUGAGCGUUUCAGGUGCCCAGAAGCCCUUUUGCAACCGUCCUUCCUUGGGAUGGAAUCUUGUGGGAUCCAUGAGACUUGUUACAACAGCAUCAUGAAAUGUGAUGUAGAUAUCAGGAAGGAUCUGUAUGCCAAUACAGUCUUGUCUGGUGGAACCACCAUGUUCCCAGGUAUUGCUGAUCGGAUGCAGAAGGAAAUCACAGCCUUGGCUCCGAGCACAAUGAAGAUAAAGAUCAUUGCUCCACCUGAGAGGAAGUAUUCAGUGUGGAUCGGAGGCUCCAUCUUGGCUUCUCUCUCCACCUUCCAGCAAAUGUGGAUCAGUAAGCAAGAGUACGAUGAGUCUGGGCCCUCCAUAGUCCAUCGCAAAUGCUUCUGAUUUAGACCAAGUUGUAACUGACAGGAAUUAGACUUGUGUGGCCUUUUAAACACCUUUGCCUAUUUAUUGAUGGUCAGUUUUUGACUUUCUCUAGUAACAAUGUUGCCUUGGAUAGAGGGAAUUAAAGGAUGGACUGUUUUCCUUGAUCCUAUGAUGUUUUGAUGGGAGGUGUAAAAUUUGAGACCAUGGUUCUAUUAGAACCAGAAGUUGCCUUUGUCUUUUAAGGCCCCUCCAAUUUACCCUCUGCCAUUCUGGUAGCCCCAUGAUCACAUAGGAGCUAAAGUGAAAAGUUUUUUUUUCAUGUAUUAUGUUCUCAUUCCCAAAAGAAUUCAAAGCCCUAGAUUCCAAGAUCCACCAUUAUUGAAUGGUUUCUAAUUUAUGAAGUUGCUGGUCUAACAGUAACAAUAGGAGCUUUUGUUGGGCUAUUGCUUUAUUACAGGAAUUAAUGGAGCAGAUGUUUAUCUCGAUGUUUAUUCCAACUCUCUGGAAAUUGUUAAUUGAAACUUGUAAAAGUGUCUUGUAUUUUCACCUGCUCAGUUAUUGCAGAACAAUAAAAUGACUUAACAGUA